AUGAUUGUGGUAGUUUUCGAGCUAAGUCGUUACUUUAGUCAGGAUAGCAUCGGUGCAAUAGCGUUCAUAGUGACACUAAUAAUCGGCUCCAUCGUCACGGCCUCGGCCGUGGUUCCUGGAACAGACGACUCGUUUUCCAUGGAGCGUAUUUUGGGUUCGGAGGGCAAACGAGCCGGAAGCUGCGUGAAACUCCACCGACCUUGGGACCAGACGGCAGAGGAGGAGUCAGACGAGGAGAACAAAGUUUGCCAUCAACCGCACGAUCGCCAACCUUCCCGGGUUAACUUCCAGAGUCCGCCGUCCAGCUGGUACAUCGGACGCCGACCUCGAACUGCCUUCACCAACAGCCAAGUGAAUGUUCUGGAAGCGGUGUUUCGGGUCAACUGUUAUCCAGGCAUCCAACUGAGGGAACAUCUUGCUGGGAGACUGGAUCUGGAUGAGGACCGCAUACAGAUAUGGUUUCAGAACCGACGGGCCAAACUAAGACGAUCCGUCCGAGAAAGCCGACUGAGAAUGGUUCAGUCGGCUGUGGCUGAUCUCGGGAGGAAGGUCGUGGGUCACCUGCAGGCUGAGGUUGAGGAAUGACAUUUUUCCAUCCAUCCAUCCACGGAGACAAACAAUCAUUCACCUCCCAAUUAGCAA